AUGCUCGUGUCGCAUUUAUAUUUGUUUGCGGUUUUUCUUCUGUUUUCGUUGUCGUCUUCAUACAUCGUCGAAGAUGAUGGUCAUUGGCCAUGGCAUAAAACGAAAUAUCUGACACGAACGAACUGGACAUCGGCACUUAAAGCCGAUACAUCUACAUCGAAAGUUCGUCAACCUGUUUGGAUUGUUUUUUAUUACUUAACUUAUUGCGGUUUUUGCAAACUUGCUGAACCGGGUUGGGAAGCUGCUGCUCAAUAUGCGACAGGUUGGUCGAGAUAUCUCCGACUUGGCGCAUAUGAUUGUGCUAGCGAAUCAUCAUCUCAGAAUGAUAUUUGCGAAGACGAAGGUUAUCCGCAGUGGCGAAUAUUCUGUCCGUUAACAAAUUCCACACAAUUAGCAUUUAAUUCAGAACGACGAAGUGGUAACGUCAAACCAGAAGACAUUUUAAUGUGGUCAAUAAAGAAACUCAAUAAAAUUGCACAUGUUUGUUACGGAAAAACAUGGCCCGUUCGUCAUGUGAUUGAACCGCAGUCACUGGAUGAUUUGAAUCGUGUAAUUCCUCCAAACUACAAAAAUUUUCAAUUAUUCGUCUCGGACGACAUUCUUCUCUAUAGUCUCUAUGUUUUGAAUAAUUCGAAAACUGUUUACAAAGAACCAAUCUUUCGUUUGCACACGAAAAAUCCUGUCAAAUCAGGUGUUAGCCUUUGGAAAGGUUCAAGAAAUGAGCACGGAGAAAUCACACUUGAACCAAUGGACUGGACACAAGCGAUGAAACAAUUUGUGUUGAAUGUUCAUAACAGUUCUCAUAGUGACAAACUUGAAAGUGAGAAACCUGGCGCAUUGAGACCAACGCUGACGGAUGUCGAUAGCACUGUUGUCUGGAUGGUUAAUAAAGACUUACGACGCAAGCUACCUACAUUAUUCGAAGAUGUCAAAUCCUGGCUCAAUGUCCUUCAUACGUAUUAUCCAGGAAGUGAGAGUGUAAAGACUUUCCUUUAUGAUUUAAUCAAUUUUAUGAAUGACCGUACGACAUUGACAAGCAAAGAAUUACAAAAUUAUAUUAAUUCUACUUCGAUUAUAAAACUACCAGAUAUCAAAUUCGAUCAUUGUAACGGAUCCGACCCAACUAAACGUGGUUAUACCUGCGGAUUAUGGCUUCUAUUUCAUAGUAUGACAGUUAAGCAAGCUCUACUUGCCGAGGACAAUAAAUUACCGUCCGAUGCAAAACCAAUCGAUGUGAUUGUUCCUAUUCGUGAAUUUGUUCGCAAAUUUUUCCUUUGCGAAGAAUGUGUGAAACAUUUCACCAACAUGACCAGCAACGCUGAACACGAAAUACCUUCGUACAAAGAAAACGUUUUGUAUCUUUGGCGAGGUCAUAACAAGGUGAAUGAACGACUUCGCAAUGAAGAAUUAUCCAGUGAUCCAGCUUGGCCGAAAGUUCCAUUUCCAACAAAGCAGGAAUGUAAUACUUGCGUUCGUCAAGUUGAUGAGAACAACGAUGCGACGGAAUUCGAUGAAAAUGAAGUUUAUAAUUAUUUAAAAGAAAAGCUUUUUCAUCUGAACAUUCCAUGUGAUUCAACUUGGAUGAGAAUGAAUACAAGUAAUAGUCAACACUCAGUUGCUGAUCUCUUACCAUAUGGAAUAUCUGGUAGAAUGGCGACGAUACUGACAAAACAACAUGUUAGUGAUGAAGAUUUGCAAAUUAUGGAUCGAGAUGAUGUAGAACAUUUGUUCAAGAAUGAAUAUGGAUUUACUUUUCGCGACCGAAAACAGUUUUGGAAUAUUGUCCAAAAAAUUCAAAUAUCCGAAAAUACGAACAGAAAAACCGAAGAAAUCGCCCACUCACCGGAAAGUCUUGAACAUGUCUAUGGAUUUGUCGAAGAAGAAGAAAAAGAGGAAUCGACUGAUUCCAAGCAACACCAACUAUCUCAUUCAAAUCAUCUCUUCGAAAAUAAAGUCACGUCUAACAUCGAUGACGAUGAUGAUAAACAUUCGAAUUCCUCAUCCCAUCUCUCUAUAUCAUCGGGUUAUAUUUUUACUUAUCCAACUAUUUUACCGAGCUUUUCAUCGAGCAUCACUCAUGCACUUCAAACAAAUACGAUUCACAAACAAUGGGCAGCAUUUAUCAAUGAACUCGCUCGAUGGGUUAUGUCGAUCAAGCCAUGUCUUCGUGAACAACAUGAAUAUCGAGCUAUUGGGCAGACUUUGUAUGAAAAAUAUCCGAAUAUAGGCACAGCUGGCCCUAAACCAUGGUCAUUUUUGUGUCGAAGUCUUAGCCAACGAAUUCGAACUGAAAGAUGGCAAAGACGUAAAGCAAUAACUAUGAAAAACAGAAAAGAAAGUCAAAGAAAAACACUCGAUCGAAACAAUGAUAUGGCCGAUUUUGAAAUCCUAAUCUAA